AUGAAGGUAAUUUUGGACAUUCCGAAGCAUGAAAAUGGGUGUAGCUUUCCAAAGAACCAUCAGGAGUGAUGUUGAUCGAGUUUUUGCCAAGUUAGAGUCAAUCCCUUCAGCAAACUACCUAGUAUAAUAUAAUUUUUUUCCAGGAUUUUGAAUUGGAAUGCAGCCAGAUGGCUAAAUUUCACCGCAAGGACUCGCUGAAGCCAGAAGAAGAGACGAUACCAUUCAAAUUCCAUGUAGAAUCCCUUUUUCCGAAGCUGAUGUCAACAUCGAAAAGGUGAGUUUUUCUUGAUUUUCAUGUUUUAGGUCGGGAAAUCCAUUGCUCCUUGAGCAAGGCAAUGGGUUUAGCUUCCCAAUCAUGCUAUCUAGAAUGCGGUUGCUUCAUCUUGCGCCACAUCAGACCCAAUGUUUCUCGUGUAAUAUAAUUUUUACAGGAAAACCGGCCCAUUCGCCUCCCAUGCCCGCCAGCCUCAUCUAAAGAGCUCAGUAAAGACAGGUUCAACAAUAUCCAGGUCAACGGUAUAA